UGUCGACGCUGCUACUGUCUCUUUAAAUUUACCCAGGAGCCCCUUAAGGAGCCCCAGGGGCCCCUAGUCCGGCUCCCCACCCUGAAGACAAGCAAGAGCCUUAAAAUACAUUACUAGAGGCCUGCGCCGAGGCGCUCCCACACAGCGCAGGACGGAGGAACGGGCUUUAUUCGCCAGCGGAAUACAUGAUUGUGUGAUUAUAUGAAAAGUUAACUUGGCUCCCGUGCGGGGCGCGUGGGGGGGGGGCAUCGUAGAGCACGGGCUCCUCAGCGAUGGGCUCGUUAUAGAGCGCCUGCCAGAUGCGUGUCGAACGGUGCCGAGCGGUGUGAACAUGUCACUGUUGUAACACGGUGUUGUCAGUGUGACAUGUCCCGCUUCAGCGCUACGAUACAGUGAAGGAAGGAGGAACACUAGCCACUAUUAAAACAGCGGGCAGGCCAGUGAUGGAAGAGAAAGAAUCGGGGGAAAGCGAGCCCGUGGACCUCCGGUGUGCCGAGCAGCCUGAGCUGCUCUCAUUAAUAAUAAGCGGUGAGGAGGAAGCGACGCAAGAGGAGAGUGACUUGGGAGAAGAGGACGGUCUUGCCAAUGGCCACGGUGAGGAGGAAUCAGAGGCUGGCAUGGUCACACCUGUCCGGUCUCCAUGCACCAGCUACUGGAACAUCACAGAGGGGCCGGACCACCCACUGCUCUCCCCGGCCCCUGGGCCCUCUGGACGUAAACCCAGGGUCCAGAGGGCCUCGCGUCCAGGCCUGAGCCGGAUCCCGGGGCGCGACCACCGCCGCUACUACCACGAGUACUGGCGCAGUGAGUACCUGAUGGACUUUGACCCCCAGCGGCACGGCAUGAUCUGCAUGGUGUGCGGCAGCUCGCUGGCCACCCUGAAGCUCAGCACCAUCAAGAGGCACAUCCGACAGAAGCACCCUGACUCCCUGCUGUGGAGCGCUGCCGACAAGGAGGUGAUCCGCUCGGGCUGGGAGAGCCACCUGAGCCUGGGGGGGGGUCAGAGGCUAUACAGCUCUGCUGCUGGACCUUCACCUCAGGAAGAAGAGGAGCAGCUAGACUCAGACCAACAUGCUGCCGCAGAACCCCCAGAACCUGUGACACCCCAGGAGCAGCCCCAACAACCUCCCAGUCUGUCUCCCCGCUCUGAGGAGGGUGAAGCCCCCCAGCCCCAACAGGAGGAGCAGGACGUCCCGGGGCCCUCGGCCCGGACCCUGGAACGCUACCUGAACGACUCGCUGCAUGCCUGGUUCCGCCAGGAGUUCCUGAUGGAGUACGAGGCGGAGGCCGGCCGGCUGCUGUGCAUGGUGUGCGGAGGAGAACUGCCCUCACUGCACCUGGACCACAUCAAGAGCCACGUGCUGGACACCCACCCCAACUCGUUGGUCUACAGCUCCGAGGAGAAGCACUGCAUCCUGCAGGCCUGGGCUCAGACUCACGAAGAGUUAGAAAACUCAAUCAAAUCAGAGCCCAACACCAAAGAAGGCGGGGCGGACCUCUUUGCUCAGGAAGUGGAGGCCAUCCAGAUCAACAGUGACUUGUACCCGGAGGGUGACGGCACUUUAACUCAGGACCCUUGUCUUAUCGCUGAGGAUGGAGGUGUCGGAGCGGCGCAGCAGGGACCCCUGCCCCUCCGCCAGCCCAGGAAGAGGCGGCUGCGCGGGGGCGACCCGUGGCGGCUCCGCCUCGACUACCUGGUGGCCUACGGGCCUCAGGGCCAGGGCACGUACUGCAUGGUGUGUUCUCAGGUCCUGCACCAAAUCAAAGUCAGCAGCUUCCGCCGCCACAUCCAGGAAUGUCACCCCGAGACCACCACCCUGAGCCGGCAAGAGCGGGAAGCCAUGGCCGCCGCCUGGACCAAAGAUUAUUCUAGUGAAGGCACGCACAUUCAAGAUGCAGAAAUCAACCCGAGCGAAGCCGAUGUCCUGAAUACCACAGGAGAGAGCAACGAGGACACCUCCCCUGAUGUCAGAACACACAGCAAAAUGGUGAAGAAGGAGGAGCGUGUGAGCGGAGGGAAGGGCAGAGCGAGGGACGACAGCGCCGCGGCCACGCCGUCUCGACACAGCCAUUACCCCGGGAAGGACCAGCGGAGGAACUACCAGGCGCGCUGGCGGAUGGAGUACCUGAUGGAUUACGACUGCCGCAGACACGGGCUCAUCUGCAUGGUGUGCGGAGCCACUCUGGCCACGCUGAAGGUCAGCACCAUUAAGAGGCACAUCCAGCAGGUGCACCCCCACUCUCUGGACUACGGCCCCGAGGAGAAGCAGCAGGCCCUGCUGAGCUACAACCAGGCCGCCAUGCACUUUGUCCACUCUGACGACUGCUUCUCAGCCCAGGACCACGGACACACCGAACUGGCUCCCACUCCAGCACACUUUGGCACGUAGAAAGGGCUUCCGUCCGAUGCUCCUCACGCGGCCCCUGUUCAGAAACAGCCUUCCUACCUUCUUUCUUAAAGAUAAAUUCAAGUAUUAGUCCAACAGGGCCUUAUUCUCGGCCCUCUGACUUUGUUCAAAAUUUCCCAAAUCUCCACAUUGCAGGUACAGAAUGAAAUGGUAUCAUGAAAAAUCUGAGAAUAAGACCCAGGCUGACAAAUACUGGAAUUUCCCUUUUUUGAAAAAAAAAUCUGAAUCUGAGAGUGUGCUAUGGCUAAAGUGGCGGGUAGCAACUGCCACAGAGGAAAUGUCACAACCUGAAUAUGUAACCACCUACAAAUGUCAUGGCCUAAAAAAAAAAAAAAAAAAAAUUAAAGUCCAGCCCAGCUCAUUUAAAACUAAAGCCUUAUCU